AUGAAAAAUUUGGCAGAAGAGAAAAAUAAAAAAGUUAAGGUAGAUCAGGCUACGGACAAAUUAUUAGAAACAGCCAAAGAAAAUGGUGAUAAAUUUCAUAUUCCUAAAGAAAAUGAUCUAUCAACAGCUGAAGAGCUAAUUUUUCCAUCAUGGAUUGAAAGAGCAAAAAGGGAACAUCUUCGUGACAACAACCCAAUAUAUAAUUUUGCUUCAGUUGCCAGAAGAAUUGUCCAGGAGAAGAAAAAAGGCGAAAAAAAAGGCGAUAAAAAAAAUAGCGAAAAUGGAAAGAAAAACAAAAUUAUAGUUAAAAAAGACAAGAAAAAAGACUUUGUUCAUUUAAAUGUUAAACUGGCUACUGCACGUCCUACAAUUGAGGAAAAUACCAAAGCAAGCAAAUCGUCAAAAUUUAAGAAAAUUCUGUCAAAUAAAGAAAAGAAACCUCGAAAAUUAGGUAAUAAAAAAUCUCCUAUUAAUUUCAUUCAACAUCAUCCUUUUGAAAAACAAAAUGAUGUAUUUACACAGGAAGAAUUUGAUAAAGUAAAUGGAUUUAAGAGAAUAAAUUUAUCUAAAGUAGCUGAUGUUGUUAAUUAUGGAAUAAGUUUUACGAAAUGGAACAAAAACAAUUGGAUAAUUUUUUUUCAUAAUCGUAUACCUAUAAUGUAUUGGCUACCAAGAUAUAAUUUUUGUGCAAAUAUUCUUAUGGAUAUAACUUCAGGUAUUGUAAUAGCUGUUAUGAGUAUUCCACAGGGAUUAGCUUAUGGUAUGUUAGUUGGUUUGCCACCUAUACAUGGAUUGUAUACUUCAGUAAUUGGACCAUUUAUCAUUAAUGGUUGGGAAUUUUGUUGA